ACGUAGAGGCGCAUGGGCACAAAUAAGAGACCAGGGUAGAUCUGAAAUCAGGACCGGCUGGGAUUUUAUUGUGCAGCUUUAAGAAGAGACGGAAGCAAGGACAGCCAAUCCAGGCAGAGAUCACUGCCGCAUAUUAACAAGCUUAAUAGGAGCAGUAUUUGAGGACCGCACAGCUUCUUCUCCUCUGUGUGCACUCCCUGAAGGAAGAGCAUCUCACAUCAAGAAUUUUCCACAGAGAAGGACAAGUGCUGAAGCUCUGGCUGGGCACGGUGACAGGAUGCUUUCUGAUGCCCUGGGUUUGGAUGCAGGUUUGGGAGAGGGCAGAGGGUAUUCAGAGUCAUACCUGUGAGGCAGUCUGCGAGGAAAUGUGCUGACAUCAGAGAUUUGCAUUUUAAAGCCAGGGGAUAGAAGAGGAGGAGGAGGAUACUUCAGCAGAAGAAGCUGAGUUUGCAUAGAUCAGAUCAGUGUCUGUCUCUCCCAGGCUGUCAGUGUGGAGUAGUGCUGGAGGCUGCAAGGCGACUGUGCUGUGGGAAGUUGCUGAGAGUGCUGAGGGGGAAGUCACUCACAGAGAAACACUUGUACAGAAAGGAGCACUGAGCCUCUUUCACCAGAAGGAUAUAAAGUGCACUCUCGCACCUCCUCCUUGUUGCGCGGGGUGUGUUCGCUGUGCCAGGACCUCAGGGGCUUGAGGAAAGUUAAUGCUGGCAUGAUGGUGGUGUUGCUGCCUCAGGAGUGGGCCUGGCAGGCUGUUCUCCUGGUGACUGGACUAGCAUCACUGAGGCCUGGGUCUGAUGCUAAUAUGUUGGACACUAUGCUCCUGAAGAACGGGGGGAAGGGGGCAUCGGAUCGAAGGGUGGAGGAGAGCAGCAGCGCAGCCACAGUUUUAGCUCAGAACAUGCUUUGGUGCCACUGCUACCAUCACUGUCCUGAAGACUCGGUCAACAACACUUGCAUGACUGAUGGUUACUGCUUCACUAUGGUGGAGGAGGAGGAGGGGGGGAUUGCUGUACUCACUGCAGGUUGCCUGGGACUGGCUGGCUCUGAGUUUCAAUGCAGAGACACGUGGAACGCACGUUCAAGGAGAGCUCUCGAGUGUUGCACGGAUCAAGACUUCUGCAACAGAGACUUGCGUCCCACCCUUCCUCCACUGAUGACAUCAAAUUACCACAGUAUCCAGUACAUGGCUCUCUUAAUUUCAGUCACAGUUUGCAGCAUCAUCCUUGGCAUCAUCCUCGUAUUUUGUUACCUAAGAUAUAAACGGCAGGAGUCACGGCCACGCUACAGUAUCGAUCUGGAGCAGGAUGAGACCUACAUUCCCCCUGGGGAAUCUCUGAAGGACUUGAUAGAGCAUUCCCGUAGCAUUGGGUCUGGCUCUGGGUCAGGACUCCCUCUACUGGUGCAGCGCACCAUCGCCAAGCAGAUUCAGAUGGUUAAGCAGAUUGGAAAAGGACGAUAUGGAGAAGUCUGGAUGGGCAAGUGGAGAGGAGAGAGAGUGGCUGUCAAAGUCUUCUUCACCACUGAGGAAGAAAGCUGGUUCAGAGAGACUGAAAUCUAUCAGACCUUCCUGAUGAGACACGACAACAUACUGGGAUUCAUUGCAGCCGACAUCAAAGGAACCGGCUCGUGGACUCAGCUGUACUUAAUUACAGACUACCACGAGAAUGGCUCUUUAUACGACUACCUCAAGUCCAACAGCUUAGACGUCAAGGCUCUUCUGAAGCUUUCGUAUUCCUCCAUAUCAGGCCUUUGUCAUCUCCACACUGAGAUCUACGGCACACAGGGCAAACCAGCUAUUGCACACAGAGACCUGAAGAGCAAAAACAUCUUGGUUAAAAAGAAUGGAUCCUGCUGUAUUGCAGACCUCGGUCUGGCUGUCAAGUUUAAUAGUGACACCAAUGAAGUGGAUAUCCCUCCUAACCUACGCGUUGGAACAAAGCGCUACAUGCCACCUGAAGUACUGGAUGAGACCCUCAACAGGAGCCACUUCCAGUCUUUUAUAACAGCUGACAUGUAUAGUUUUGGCCUUAUUAUCUGGGAGAUGGCCCGACGAUGCAUCUCUGGAGGUAUUGUGGAGGAACAUCAGCUUCCCUAUUAUGACCUCGUCCCGUCCGAUCCUUCAUAUGAGGACAUGAGAGAAGUGGUUUGCAUAAAAAAACAAAGACCUUCUUUUGCUAAUCGAUGGAGCAAUGAUGAGUGUCUACGACAGAUGGGGAAACUCAUGUCGGAGUGCUGGGCUCACAAUCCAACUUGUCGUCUCACAGCCCUAAGGGUGAAGAAGACUCUUGCGAAGAUGUUAGAGUCCCAAGAUAUCAAACUGUGACAGAGAGUCCACAGAAAAGAUAUCAUCUCCCAGAGUCUCAUCAUUACCACUGGCACAGGCCACUCAAGCUGGCCAGAAGAAAGGGAAGAAGAAAAGAGAGACUGUGAAUAAUAGAACAAAUAUAACUGACAGGGAGGAUGAGUGAUAGAGAUAAUGGUCACCGUAGGGCCAGAAUAAUGAUAUAUACCAAAAAAUUUAUUAUAUCAGGGGACAUCUGCUCUACCAUUGUCUGAGGCGCCUCUCCCUCAGUGUUCAGACUGUGCUUUCUGUGAAAGCUAAGUGGUUUCUGGUUCCAGACUGUUCAGGGGGCCUUGCAGGACUAAAAUCUGGAGGAUGCUCUUGCGCUGCUCCUCUAAAGCCAUAUAGCAGUAUUCUACGGGCAGUCUUUUGUACUGUCAAAGCUGCUUUGUGUGUGUGUGUUUUGCUGUUUUGUUUUUUUCUGAGUCAGCCGCUGCAUGCUGUGAUAUCACAGUGGACUUAUGACGAUGAUAGUCAUCCAUUGACCUCAGUGUAGAAGAUGUGGAUUCAUACCAUUAUUAUUAUUGCUGAACAAACAGAAA